UUCAACUUAUUAAUCUCUAUUGAUCUGAAUUUUGAAGGAUAAGUGCAUGGGAUGGAUUUAUUGGAACAGUUUUUGCAUGGCUGGACUCGAUCGCAACGGAUCUUUCGACGACGACAUUCGUUGCAUGAGAUGGGAAGCACCAUAUUCUGUGAGCUGGAUAUACUUAUUUCUUGGAUAGUUUGGCUAUUUGUAACGUUCUUUUCGAGACGGAAUUCCCUUUACACUUUUUUUCCGUGCUGCUCAUACCGUCCUCCAUCUUUCUCCUCCUAAACUGUGGACAGAGCAUACUUCAGUUCAACACAACGACGACAACAACAACAUCGCCAUGAAGGCUUCAAACUCAACCAGUUAGCCCAAAUGUCAUCCAUCGCUACGCUAGAGCUCAUCGCCAACAUCAAGCGCUUCGCCGUGCCAAAAGUCUACCCGGUCCAACAGAUAUGGCCUGCGUUCAGAAGGUCGGCCGUCAUGAUCAUCCUCUUUAUAGGCAACUACGGUGAGCUGAGAGUUCUAUUGACGAAAAGAUCAAGAAAGUUGAACAAUUUCUCAGGUCAUGUGUCCUUGCCUGGCGGUAAAGCUGAUAAUGAACAAGAGACUGAAGUCGAUGUUGCUAGAAGAGAAUGUUUCGAAGAGAUUGGAUUACCGUAUGAUGAUGAAUUACAGAAGCAAGGAUUGAAAUUAGAACAUUUGAAUAUGAUGCCAUGUUAUCUUUCCAGAACUUUCUUAAGUGUCAGACCUAUUGUUUGCUUUCUCCAUGAUCAUGAUAAGCCAAGUGUACAGAUCAAAAACCUCAAGUUGUUGUUGAAUCCUGGUGAAACUUCUUCAAUUUUUUCAAUACCGUUAUUAGAUCUCAUUGAUAAACACAACAAACGGGAAUAUUUGAAGAAAUCAGUAAAGACAUACCACUGGGGGCAUUUGAAAUGGCCUAUCAAACAUUUUUAUUAUCCUACAAAGAAUAAUAAUGAAGUGACAUGGCUAGAUGAUAUUCUUGAUUUGAGUUCUGAUGAUGAGGAUUUGAUUGAUGACAUGAACAUUCAUUCCAAUGGUAAAGACAUCAAAGAUCUUUGGGGUUUAACUGCACAAAUGCUUUAUGAUCUUGCUAAUAUUGCUGUUAACAAUGCUAACAACAAUUAUAUUGGUAAUGAGAACCUAAUUUAUGCAUUAACUGAGUUUGGAGGCCAAAUGUUGGAUCGGAAACGAACUGAUUGGGAGGCCGGCAUGAUUGUAAAUGAAAAAGACAAGAACUAUGAACAGGUCAUACCUAAGCAUAUCUAUAACCAUAUAGUAAACGAGUUUAAGCUAUAAUAAAAUCUUGUUUAGAAAAUCAAUUACAGUGUUCAUCUUAUAUAGUGUAGGUAUCGACCCGUGGUGAAAUGGCAGCAUGGGGUGGUUCGGGGCGCGGUGCACACAACAGCUUCACCCUUUUCAAAAGCAGAUAGACGAAUAUUCCAACACAUCAAAUACACAGCACCUACAACUUCAACAACAACAACAGAUCGUUAACUCAGGGAAUAGACAAUCCAU